GUAUCCUGACAUCAACUGCGUCGGGGCAAUACCGCGUUAGUGGCAUACCGCGUUUGCUUUUAUCGAGGAAUAGGUACUCCUGACGAAGGCCACAACGUAGGAGUCUUCAGUGAUUCCGGAAUCUCCGGAGCCUAAAAAUGGUUGCUUUCUGCGCGCGCAAGGCUGGGCAACUAGGUCUAAACGAAACUGAGCGAGCCUCAAAGGUUGGAUUAUUGUGCGAGGGGGGGAGAGAGCGACGGUAAUGCCACAUUAUGCUGAGUCAGCGGAAGAGUCUAGACUGCGGUAAGAGGAGAGCGGUGUAGCCGCCUAAAUUAGUUCAGGAAGCUAAGCGGGUGCUGUGCAAGAGGGGAGUGAGAGUGGGGAGAGAAGAGAGGACUUCAAGCCGCCUAGGAAACUUAGCAUGAUCGCGUUACCAGAAUCGCCCUGUAAAUAGUGACUGUUGGCGGUUUUAGGUCACGGCUCGAGGUCUCUCACGACAAGCACCUACACUUUGGGUCGUACACUUCGGUUUUUUAGGAGUACUGGGUCCACCAAGCCACACACACGUACCCUCGCUAUCGCAAUGUUCCCACUUCGCGAUCUCCAGUACCUCCUAGAACCGUCGUCCCUCGCGCUCGUGGCGACCGCCCUCUCCGUCGUCCUCCUCUCCGCCUUCCGCGCUCUCAUUCACGACCGCGAGUCGGAGCGCCAUCGCGACAUGUCCGCGUCGGCCAUAACCCUAGACACCAACCGCGCGCUGCUGCUGCCAUUGGCCAGUUCCGUGUCUCUCCUGCUCAUGUUUUACCUGUUCGCGACGGUUUCGCAGCUGGUUACCGCGUUCGCCGCUGUCGCGUCGGCGUCUGCGACCUGCUUCGCGCUGUCCCCGUUAGUGGCGUGGCUGAAUACCUCCCUGGGGCUGCAGGAUCCGCUGAUUACUGUAUAUUUCCCGUCGUUCUCGUUAUGGAGUGGCCAACACGGCAACAGCAACAACAGUAACAGCAGCAGCAGUAACAGCAGCAGCAGCAACACCAGCAGCAACAGCAACAGCAGCAGCAGUGGCAGCAGAAGGGGUGAGGGUGGGGGUAGCAGUGGCGGCACAUUGCUAGGUGAAGGAAUGAGAGGGAGAGAAAGCAGAAGCAGUACCAACAUCAACAGCAGCAGCAACAGCAGCGAUGGACACAACAGGAGUGUGAGCCGAAACAACUCUGCUAGUGGCAAAACUAACACCAGCACCACCACCAGCACCACCACCACCAGCACCAGCACCAGCACCAGCACCAGCAGCAGCAGCGCUUAUAUUACCGCAGGGGAGGGGGGCAGUACGGUAUUGGGAGCGGUGACUCGAAUGCAGCUGGUACUGGGGGUGCUGAGUGGAGCGCUGGUGCUGUGCUGGCUGGUGUCGGGCCACUGGCUGCUGAACAACGCUCUUGGCACGGCCAUAUGCGUUGCGUUUGUCAGUCACGUGCGAUUACCCAAUGUCAAGGUCUCUGCACUUCUCCUGGCGUGCCUCUUCGCCUACGACAUCUUCUGGGUCUUCUUCUCUCACCGCUUCUUCGGCGCCAAUGUGAUGGUGUCAGUGGCAACGCAGCAAGCCCACAACCCCGCGCACACCGUCGCCCAGUCGCUGCGCCUGCCCACUGCAGUAUCGGGGUCGAUAGUGAGGGAGAUCGAGCUGCCCGUCAAGCUGCUCUUCCCUCGGGAUUUGUUCGGAGAGCUGAAGUUUUGGGGGGGACGGAGUGGAGGGAGAGCACGAGACUUCAUGGUGCUCGGCCUUGGCGACAUGGCUAUACCAGGCAUGCUGCUAGCCCUUGUUCUGUGCGUCGACCAGCACAAGAGGCGGCAGCAGCAGGAGGAAGAGCAGGAGAGGGAGAUGGAAGCACUAGAGGCAGCCACGGGAGGGGAGGAGCAGCACCAGGAGUUGCAGGAGAGUUCUCAGAAGCACUUUCAAAAGCAUACUCAGCAGCACUUGGAUCGGCCACUCCUGGAGUCUUCUACCUCAGGCCCCCCAGUAUCAGCCUCUCGGCACAAGUCAGCUCAAGACAACGUGUGUGUUGAAAGGGGUAUGGCCCGUGGGAGAGGCCAGCUGAGCUACGUGUGGGUGGCAGCAGCGGGGUAUACAGUGGGGCUUGUGGCUGCUCUGGCUGCUGGCGUGCUCACAAGGUCGCCACAGCCUGCUCUGCUAUACCUGGUGCCCUCUACUCUCGGCCCCGUGUCGCUAGAAGCGUGGAGACGAGGCGAGUUGACAGAUCUGUGGGAGGGCUCCCCUGGUCUCAUGCCGUUUGAUCCAGACAAGCUUGAUAUGCUUGACGUCUGACCAAACCGCUUGAUAAGAAUGAAUUUAGCGGUACUAAAACUUCUAUGGCUUGGUCGCUCCUGCAGUCCAUGUACCUAUCUGUAGGUAUUGGCAGAGCUGGCUGGCAGCUGGUAUUUGUUGAAAGUACAUCAAAAGACUUAAGCGUUUCUGAAGUGUAACACUACACUCGAGGAAGAUUGCAAGGGGUACGCGAGUCAACGGAGGUUACACGAGGGGGCGGACAAAGAACACGAAGGGUCUGGGACUCAAAGGGUCGCAACUGGAGGUUGCGACUGACCGUUACAGCAUCACGGAUGGUAACCGAAGCGGCAAUCGAGUCGCUAUGCGACUCGAUAAACCGUACCUGUAACUGUACUCUGCAACUGCUUUCUUAUCUUCUAUAUAUUGCUGUAUGCUUGUUUCUUUAAUCAAUCACUUGUUCUCACAUACUAGUACAAGGGUUCAACUGUCUCAACUUCCGCUGCACUGCUCCAAGUCUCAAGUCUCUACAGCUGGGACUUAGUCUCUGCAAAAGAUCC